ACGGGUUGUCCAUUCAAAGUUGGCAACUUCUCUUUUUCGUCUAAUUUUUACGCUAAAUUUGUUGAGCUCCUCGGUCAGGAAGUUUUGACUGGUAUUGUUUUCCUGGAUAUUUAAAUUAUAAUAUGUUGAUUAAAGAGUAUAGGGUUGUUUUACCUAUUACAGUCGAAGAGUAUCAAGUUGGUCAGCUGUAUUCUGUUGCACAAGUCAGUAAAAAUGAAACAGGUGGUGGUGAAGGAGUUGAAGUUAGAAAAAAUGAACCCUUUGAAAAUUUUCCUUUACUGGGAGGAAAAUUUACCAGUGGUCAAUAUACAUACAAAAUAUAUCAUUUAGCAAGUCGUGUUCCUGCCUACAUUAGAUAUUUAGCACCCAGAGGCGCUCUUGAAGUCCAUGAAGAAGCAUGGAAUGCAUACCCUUAUUGUCGAACAGUUAUAACAAAUCCAGGCUAUAUGAAAGAUGCAUUUUUUAUCAGCAUAGAAACCAUGCAUUGUCCAGACCGAGGAGAUCAAGAGAAUGUACAUGAGCUACCACUUGAAAAACUAAGAAUGAGGGAAGUAGAGUAUAUUGAUAUUGGAAAUGACCCUGUAGCAUCUAAAGAUUACAAAGAAGAAGAAGAUCCUAGUAAAUUUAAAAGUGAAAAAACAGGCAGAGGUCCAUUGACAGGAAAUUGGCGUGAAACUUGUAGUCCUGCAAUGUGUGCAUACAAAUUAGUAACAGUAGAAUUCAAAUGGCUUGGUCUACAAACAAGAGUUGAAUCAUUUAUUCAACGGACAGAGCAAAGAUUAUUUUUGAAAUUUCAUCGAGAAGUAUUCUGUUGGAUAGACCUAUGGUACGGCUUAACCAUGGCUGACAUCCGACGAAUGGAAGAAGAAACCAAAACUGAAUUAGCUAAUCAAAUAUCUCAAGGAGAAGUACGGGGAACUAUUGUUGAUGAAUAAUAUUAAUUCAAAUUAUUUUUUGGAGAUCAUAUUUUAUAGAGUUUUGUACCAACAAAUUUAUAACUUUUGCAUUAAAUAAUGAAUUUUAUUAAUGGUUAUUUCUUUACCAAAGAUUCCACUUGUGUCAAUUUGUUAAAAGUUGAUCAAUGAAAAUGAAUUUUAUUUUUUUGAUGGUUUGUUUAUAAAACAAGAAAAAAAAGUUGUUUAGUGUUUGUCUUUUUUAUGGAAAUUAUUUUUGCUCUGUUUGUGUGAAAAAUAUGCUGUACAAAAUAUUUUUCCAUGCCAUUAUAAUUAGUUGUAUGGUAACAUGGAUUCUUCAGUUGUAUGCAAAAAAUUAAACUGCUGAAAGUGAUAGCUGAGUUUCAAAGCAUUUCAAGGGUAAGCCUUUUCAGGUGGAAAUUAAAUGCCAAAUCUUACAUUUCAUAAUAAAUUUUCCCCAAAAUUAAAAAUCAACAAAAAUUCAGAAUUGUCUAAUUUAAUCGUCAUCAUGUAAAAAUGAUAUGUUUUGACUAUAUCAUUAUUAUUUAUAGAAUGUAUUAUAUGUUUUUAAUGUAACAUUAUCAUAUAUUUGCACAGCUAUCACUUUGCUUGUUUAACAGAAUAUUUUUUACGCAUCUUUUAAUGAACAAGAUCUUUUUGAUAAAUUAAUCCAACACUUUUUAAACUAGUGAUAUGUUUAUAUAAAUAGGAAUGUAUUGUAUACUUUGAUCUAAAUAUAUACAGAAAAAAAUAAAUG